AUGCCUGGAGAAGAGCGUGUGGACAGCACUAAAGGGAUCAACGGAGAAGACGAAGAGGAGGAGGAGGUCGUGACGCUCUCGGAUGUUCUCAAGCACAACGAGCACAUGACCGAGACAGCAGACGCCGUGCUGGGCGACGCGAGCGACACGCACUGCAGUUACCCUAUGGGGUACAUCCGUCAGGCGGUUUACGCCUGUAUGACGUGCACUCCUGAAGCUGUGGAGAGACCUGAGACACGUGCAGGAGUGUGUUUGGCUUGCACGUACAGUUGCCACCACGACCACGAGCUCGUGGAACUUUACACGAAGCGCAUGUUUCGCUGCGACUGUGGCAAUGACAAGUUCCCGUCGACCAUGUCGUGCAAGUUGGAAGCCGAGAAGGCGCCAGCAAACGAACGAAACACUUAUUCCCAGAACUAUGGUGGACUCUACUGCAAUUGUCAUCGACCGUAUCCCGAUCCGGAACGUACCACAGCAGAUGUUAUGGUACAAUGCGUCAUUUGCGAGGACUGGUUGCACGAGGAACACCUGACUGAUGGUAGUAACGAGGAACCUGCAGCUGAGAAAGAUGCCUCGGAGUCUUGUGAUAAAGAGUCGACGACUGAAGAGUCGCCCACGAGUGGCGAUGCCGACGGCACUGAAGAUUUAGAAACCGCCAUGUUGUGCGAAACGUUUGACGAGCUUGUUUGCCUCGACUGUAUGAAAAAGCACCCGUUUCUCAUGGCAUAUGCAGCGGGUAGUACGGUGGAGCGAGCUGUAAAGAGAGAGAACACUGAUGAAGGCUCGUCCGAGGCGACGCCAGCUAGCUCGAGUGAAUGUGUGCUCAAGCUGAAGCAGCAGCAGCAGUUGGAAACGAAGAGCUCAACAGCUCUGCGACCGACUUUCUGGUCGAGUGAUUGGCGCAGUGAUCUCUGCCAAUGCUCGUCGUGCGUUGCGUUGUUUGAAAAGCAUGGCAUUGCUUUUCUACUGGACCCGGACGACGCGUUGCACGUGUACGAAGCCAGUGCCAGGGAGAAGAAAAGUGCGUCGGAUGAGGAAGUCGCUCAGCGUGCAUUUGCGAACAAGCUAACACAUGAACAACAAGUGGAUGUGGCCGUGGGCUACAGCGUCAUGAAAAACAACCUUCAGCAGUAUCUCGCAGGUUUUGCUGCUGAAGGCAAGACAGUGCGAAAAGAAGACAUUCAGCAGUUCUUCGCGGGACUGCGCCAAAUCAAGCGACAGAAAACGGAGUAA